AUGGCGGAUGAAUUCGAUCCAUUGAAACAAGAUUCUAUCAAACCAGCGACUGAAAACUUGUAUUCUACCGUACAGAAGAGUACAGCGAAUAAAGAUGAUCUUCUGCGUCCUCAGCAUGAAAUUGUGAUGAAACCGGAGCAGGUUGCAACUGAUAAGCCAACAGAAGAAUCUCCUUCGUCACCAAUUUAUCAUAAACUUGAUUUUACUAGUAAUGCAGCUAAAGCUCCAGUUCGAACUGCAACGACACAAGAUACUCCGGAGUCAUCCUCAUCACCGUCCGCUGCUACGCAAAAACCUUCCCCCAACAUCCCUCCACCUAUGGCGAAAGUGAAUGAAGACAUUGACACGUCCUAUUGGGAAAACUCUCAAUAUUAUGAGGAACAUGGCUAUGAAACAGGACCACCGCCAGCUUAUUAUCCCGAAGAAUACUAUGAAGAAGAGUCCGGAUCUAAACGGCGAAUGAUAUCUGCUACUAUUGAUCGUAUCGUACAACGUUUUCCUACCUUAGGUCUUUUCUACAAACCGUCUCACAACUCAGAAUCGUAUACGACUGAAUAUGCUGGACAAGAAUAUGUCGAAGAAGUUGACGAUGAUCAGGCUCCACAAUUAGUCGAUGGCAACACAUUAGAACGUGAAUUAACAGCUGACGAGUUAGCUCUAGGUGGACGUUAUUCCAAUAAAGCGCGUACUCAAAUCAUCGAACUUCAAAAGAAACCUCAAACACAACCAGUUGACGUUUCUAUUCACCACGAUACAUAUACAAUAUAUUCAUGUGAUGUAGGACGAAGUGUAAUUGAAAUUUUUGAUAUGUACGGCAAACUACAACAUGUUAUUGACGAUCAAACAAUGGUCAAAUUUCAACCUACAGCUAUUGCCGUUGCAUUUGAUGGCACAGUUAUUGUCGGCAGUCAUUUCAAUCAUCGUUUUCAUAUGUAUUCACCUCUUGAACCAACCGAGGAUGAAUCAAAUCCUUCCAAUGCCAAGGCUCAGUCUAUUUACCACUAUCAACAAUUUAAAUUAGGUGGACCUGGUAGCAAUCUUCAUGAAUUUCAACAUCCAGCUGGCCUUUCGAUCGACUAUAAUGAUGGUUAUUUAUACAUAUGCGAUAGAGGAAACUAUCGCAUACAAGUUCUUCGACCCGAAGGCGUUUGUGAACGCGUGAUGGAAUUAUAUUUACAAGAAGAAGAAGAAAUAAUUCAUAUUGCUCCUAAUCAAAUCGCUCAUCAACAAAUUGGCGAGAACGUUGUUUGCCUCAUUGGAUCAGGCGAUGCGAUAUGCUUCAUUCCGAAAUAUAGUGAUGGCGAGGUCUAUGUUGAGCCACUAUAUAUUGUGGAUAAUAAUGGUGUUGGUCUUCAAGGUGCGUCUGGAAUAGCAAUCGAUUGUAACGAUCGGAUCUUUAUUUCUGAUACGGGACAUCAUCGUAUCGUUAUUUGUACACCAGAAGGUGGUUAUAUCACACAUUUUGGUAGUGAGGGUAGUGGACCAGGUGAACUGAAACGCCCGUGUGGUUUGGAUAUUACUGCUGAUGGCACAGUUGUAGUUGCUGAUGGUGGAAAUGGACGAUUGCAGCUGUUCGGUUCAGUACGCGAACGAACGGCCGAAGAAACGAAGCCAACCGAAGAAAAGAAGACUUCAACAGAAAAAUCCACUAAUCCAUUUGCUUAA